AUGGUGAAACCAAAUGGUUUAGUACCUAUGAAAAUCAGAGAAACUGCAUCUAACUUUGACUUGGAAUUCAUAUAUGUUCUUAGUGGAUGGGAAGGUUCAGCACAUGAUUCAAGAGUGUUAAGUGAUGCUUUAAGGAAGUUUUAUCUAGUUGAUUGUGGCUUUGCAAAUCGACUUAAUUUUUUGGCUCCAUUUCGUGGUAUUCGUUAUCAUCUACAAGAAUGGACUGGCAAAGGACGUGAUCCUAAUACUGCAGCUGAGUUAUUCAAUCUUCGACAUGCUAGUUUGAGAAAUGUCAUCGAAAGGAUAUUUGGAAUUUUUAAAUCUCGAUUUGUGUUUUUUAAAUCUCAACCUCCUUUUUCUUACGAGAAACAAACUGGAUUAGUAUUAGCAUGUGCAGCGUUGCAUAACUUUCUUCGUAAAGAAUGCCGUUCAGAUUUAGGUGAAUUUCCCGGUGAAGAAAACACUACCAAUCAAGUUGAUAGAGAUGAGUUUUUGGAGACGCAAGAGCAAGACAGAGAAAUCGCAAAUAAUUGGAGAAAAGCUAUGGCUGAAGAUAUGUGGAAAGAUGCUAUAGGUUUAGAAAAUUCUUAA